AUGAAAUCAAGUUUAAUUAAUUCUUAGUCUUUGCCAUAAUUGUAAUAACGGAUGAUCCAUUCGAAGAUAUUAGAUGAUAAAGUUCCUAAACCUUGUAAAUAUCCUUUAUUUGAGCAGCCUUAGUUUAAAUACAAGUCUGAAAAAAACAACAGAUCUCCAUUAAGAUUAAAUCCUGCAAUAAAAUCAACAUACUCGAAAUUCAAAGCAUCCAUUGUAAAAGUAAAAAAAGAUGUUUUAUUAAAGAGCUAUAAUAAUUAAUUAUUCGAUUAGUAUCAAAUGACAAAAACUUAAAGAAGAAUACAAAAUGAGAUAGAAAUUAAAAAAUAAUGGCGAUAAUAAAAAUAUUUGGAGGAAAAGGCCAAGAUUUAGUAUUUAAAUGUUGAAGAAAAAGAUAUUGAUUUAAAUAAAGAACUGCUGAAUCAAAUAAAACUGAAUUUGUUUGGUGAAUGAUAAAAUAAUAUAUUCAUAUUCUUAUUAUAAGUCAGAAUAAACUAAAAAAUUGUUUUAGUUUGUUUUAUAUAAAGCAUAGAAAUUUUAAAGAAAGCGAAGUGAUACAAAUAUUUUAUUAAGAGAGUGUUUACAUAAUAAGGAGUCAAAUUAUUCCAAAAAUCAAUUGAAUUCAGAAAAUAUUUUUAACCUUCUGUUAUUGUAAGUAAUUAUAAAUUAAAAACUUCCUGUAGAUUCCCUUGCGAAAGAGAGAUCUAAGUUAAAAAUCAGAUAAUUUCUACCCAUUAGAACCAUCAUUUUCUAGAAUGUAAGAAAUUUAUAUUUCAGUUAUUGUUAGAGGUCAUUGUUUUUUUAUCAAAAUUUAUAAAGUUGAUUACUAGAAAAGCUUUAAGGUUAGAAUAUCAGAGAGUCACUUGUGCAGAUAAAUAAUGAAUAAUAACUCAAAAUUAAUUCUUGAGGCCAGC